GAUGACACAGGAGGAAAUAAAUAUUUCCUUUCAAAAAUAUUUAUUAACAGACGACGCGCAGUCAUCAGGAACAUUAACUAUGAUAAUGAGCAGUAAGCAGAUCAUUGGUAUUCACCUCGUACUGAUCAUUUUACUAUCGUCCUUCGAUGUCGUGGUGGCAGGCUGAAGCAGUUAAUAGUUGUGCCGAUCUGGAGUUUGUGAACCAAAGGAGUGACACCAUUCAUGCGACUGUCAAUCGUUCGAUCAACGUGACGUUUAAAGUUGUUUGGAAAAACUGUUUAUCAGUUGCCGGUAAUAUUCUGAUCAAAAUAUCGACGAAUUGUGAUGCCUACCCUACCGAGGAGUGCAAGCUGACUCUCAAUGUAAAUCAUUGUAAUGUUUCCACCUCGUCAUAUGCGUGCUACUGUGUGACCUCUGCUGGUCCAGUGAUCUUCAGCAAGACCUUCACCCACGUCACCAACGUGACGUACACGUGGAGCUUGGAGUCUGGUGUCAAGGACAGAUCAAUAGUUUUCAUCGUCACCAAUUAUAGUAAUUAUGACACCUCAGAGGACGGUGCAGUGAACACUACACACCACCAGGGCCAUCAAACAGCUUUAAUCGGCGGAGUUGUCGCUGGUUCUGCAAUUUUUGUCUUUGGUGGCAUCAUCGCCGGCAUUAUCGCCUGCUGCCGACAAACCAUGAAAAGUCAGACAGCUCGGCCUUCCAAACAAACAGAGAGGAGACCACAGGGCUAUGAGUCGUCCUCACAGAAACGCUUAGAUUCGCUGGGGCCUCAGUCAGAGGUCUAUGAAGAAUUAUUUGAACUACCAGAAUAAUGCAAGGGGAGUACAUCACAUGGUGUCGACUAUGCUGAGGCGAUGCAGUUGACAAUCUGUUCAUUUUCAUCGGACGAUGUCCCACCAGGAGACACAAUUUAGUAUUUAGCUUUUAGCAGCUACAUUACUUAGUCAAUGUAUCCUUUCCACAGUUUCUAUUUCCAUUUUAAUUCUCAUUUCUCUGUGCCCUAUACUGACAUACGACAUCAGCUCCACAUGCUAUCAAUACAUUGUCAUAUUUUUAAUUAUUAUUAGUUGAUCUCUAUUUUUUUGCGCUUUGUAAGCAAGACCAGGAUCUUCCUUGUGUCCCAGUAUUAAUUACAGGAUAUUAUUCAAAUAAAUGCUGUUUCGAUUUC